UAGACUGCCUUAUCGUUGCUGUUGUCGUCGUGUUAACCAGCAAAAGAAAUUAUCACAGAAGCACAGAAAUAACCAAAUAUAAAUUAAAAAUUUUCAACGAGUGUGUGAAAAUUUUUAAUUUAUUUGUAUGGUAUAUUUAGUAGCAUAACAACUCUUUAAUUAUAUUACCUUUUCCCUCUGCAAUAAAAACAAAACAAAAAACACAAAAAUGUUCAUCUGGGACUGGUUCACUGGUGUUUUAGGUUACUUAGGAUUAUGGAAAAAGUCUGGAAAACUAUUGUUCCUGGGUUUGGAUAAUGCUGGUAAAACGACAUUAUUGCAUAUGCUCAAAGAUGACAAGUUGGCACAGCAUGUUCCAACAUUACAUCCCACAUCGGAAGAGCUGUCAAUUGGAAAUAUGCGUUUUACUACAUUCGAUUUAGGAGGUCACACUCAAGCACGUAGAGUUUGGAAAGAUUACUUCCCAGCUGUAGAUGCAAUUGUCUUCUUAAUAGAUGCCUGGGAUCGUGGCCGUUUCCAAGAAAGUAAAAAUGAAUUGGAUGUUUUACUAACAGACGAUGCGCUGUCAAAUUGUCCCGUCUUAAUAUUGGGCAACAAAAUCGAUAAACCCGGUGCAGCCAGUGAAGAUGAACUAAGGAAUGUGUUUGGUCUAUAUCAAGUGACCACUGGCAAGGGUAAAGUAGCACGUUCAGAUCUACCCGGACGUCCUCUAGAGUUAUUUAUGUGCUCUGUGUUGAAAAGGCAAGGUUAUGGUGAAGGUUUCCGUUGGUUAGCGCAGUACAUUGAUUAAAAAUUAGGAAAACAUGUAACAAUGAAGAUUUUUUU